CCACACUUGUAUUUAUACACACCCUCACACUCCCAUUUUCUUCGUUCGCUCUUCUCUCUCUCUCUCUUUAUUUCAUCUAUCUGUUGUAGUUGUUGUUGUUGUUAUUCCUCAGGCACAUCAUGGCAUUGUUGGUUGAGAAAACAACGAGUGGAAGGGAAUACAAGGUUAAGGACAUGUCCCAAGCGGACUUCGGUAGGUUGGAGAUCGAGCUCGCCGAGGUUGAAAUGCCUGGUCUCAUGUCAUGUCGCACUGAGUUCGGUCCCUCCCAACCUUUUAAAGGUGCCAGGAUCACCGGUUCCCUCCACAUGACCAUCCAAACCGCCGUCCUCAUCGAAACCCUCACCGCCCUCGGCGCCGAAGUCCGCUGGUGCUCCUGCAACAUUUUCUCCACCCAGGACCACGCCGCCGCCGCCAUCGCCCGCGACAGCGCCGCCGUCUUCGCCUGGAAGGGUGAGACUCUCCAGGAAUACUGGUGGUGCACCGAGCGCUCCCUUGAUUGGGGCCCCACCGGCGGCCCUGAUCUCAUCGUCGAUGACGGUGGUGACGCCACACUCCUCAUCCAUGAGGGUGUCAAGGCUGAGGAGGCUUACGAGCAGACCGGUCAGCUCCCCGAUCCGGCUUCCACCGACAAUGCGGAGUUUCAGCUCGUGCUUACCAUUAUCAGGGAUGGGUUGAAGACCGAUCCCAAGAGGUACCACAAGAUGAAGGAGAGGCUCGUUGGUGUCUCCGAAGAAACCACCACUGGUGUCAAGAGACUCUAUCAGAUGCAGGCCAAUGGCACCCUCUUGUUCCCUGCUAUCAAUGUCAAUGACUCUGUCACCAAGAGCAAGUUUGAUAACUUGUAUGGUUGCCGUCACUCGCUCCCCGAUGGACUGAUGAGAGCCACUGAUGUGAUGAUUGCUGGCAAGGUUGCUGUUGUCUGUGGGUAUGGUGAUGUUGGCAAGGGUUGUGCUGCUGCAAUGAAGCAGGCUGGGGCUCGUGUCAUUGUGACCGAGAUUGAUCCCAUUUGUGCUCUUCAGGCUCUCAUGGAAGGUCUUCAAGUUCUUACCCUCGAGGAUGUUGUCUCUGAGGCUGAUAUCUUUUGUACCACCACCGGUAACAAGGAUAUUAUCAUGGUUGACCACAUGAAGAAAAUGAAGAACAAUGCUAUUGUGUGCAACAUUGGUCACUUUGACAAUGAAAUCGACAUGCUCGGGCUCGAGACAUACCCUGGUGUCAAGCGCAUCACUAUUAAGCCUCAAACAGACAGAUGGGUUUUCCCUGAGACCAAUGCGGGUAUCAUUGUCUUGGCUGAGGGUCGUUUGAUGAACUUGGGUUGUGCCACUGGCCACCCUAGUUUUGUGAUGUCCUGCUCCUUCACCAACCAGGUCAUUGCUCAGCUUGAGUUGUGGAAGGAGAAGGCUUCCGGCAAGUAUGAGAAGAAGGUUUACGUUUUGCCUAAGCACCUUGAUGAGAAAGUGGCUGCUCUCCAUCUUGGUAAGCUUGGAGCUAAGCUCACCAUGCUUAGCAAAGACCAGGCAGAUUACAUCAGUGUGCCCGUUGAGGGUCCAUACAAGCCUGCUCACUACAGGUACUGAGACGAUCAAGGGAUGAUAUUGAGGGGAAAGAAGAAGGAUUUUUAUCUGUCGGCUUGAUUGUUUUACUUUAUUUUUUGGAAUUUUCUCAUUACAAUUUUCAGAUUUGUGGUAGAAUUGGAGUUUUCUGAUUUUCGUAGGAUCUCAAUUCGAUCCAUUGGGUUGAAGGGUAAGAGCAAAAAAACCUAUUUGGGGUCUCCCUUUGAAAUGAGACCAAAUGGGUUUGAAUAAGGCUUUGGUUGCGGCUGUGUGGGUUAUUAUUUAGUAGCUAGAGUGUGUGUUUAUGUCCAUCUUUGAUAUAUGAAACGAAAUAAGAAAAAAUAGGGGAAAAUUGU